AAUAACCUGACAUCCCUUUUUUUUAGCUGGGUACUUUAUCCCACUUCUUCUUUCACCAUUUGAGUUUCUUGCAGUUACAAUUAUAAUUUAUAAAUAGGCGCGCCAAUCCCCAUCACCUGGGAAACCCAGUCACUGGGUGUGAAAGGGUCCAUAUUGUGACGAUAGCAACGGAAAAAUUGUGUGAAGAACCUAAUACAAUUUGCCAAUAUUAUUAUUCUAGAUAGAAACUUGACGAGCAUAUAGUGAAAGUGAAUAUUUUUUUAAAAGCGAAAUCGAUUUUCUCUCUUCUGUCAUCAAUCUGCCGUCAGUUACUCGGACCCAUUCGAUAUGUACGGACUUAUUUUCGAGACCAUAGGCUCCAUUAUUCAGGCAGAUUACGGAAAUGAUGUCUGGCUUUCGCUUCUUGAAAAAGUGGAAUACCAAAAUACCACCUUUUGCACUCACAGUAUCUAUUCGGAAGACUUGGCGAUUAAAAUGGCAAAUGCAGCCGCUAAUUUAAUAGCCGACGGUUCGACACCGCAAGAUUUCCUGACCUAUUUCGGCCGAUGCUUCAUCCGCGCAGCUGGACCCUUCAAAUAUGAAACGUUAAUCAAAAGAUGCGGACGAUUUUUUUGCGACUUUCUUUCCGGAAUAGAUAGCGUCCAUCUGCACAUGAAGUACAGAUACCCUAAAAUGGAUCAUCCCUUUAUUUACGUCUUGGAAGAAGAUGCGGAUGGAGUAGUCAUUCACUAUCGGACAUCCAGAAUUGGCUUUUAUCCAUACCUUUACGGCUUACUGGAUCAGGUAGCAACAGAUUUUUACGGCAUUCGUCUUGUUGCUGGAACAUUUUCUCAAAAUACCUACGACAACAUCGAAAUGGGCUACCAGUACCGAAUUCGGAUCAACUUUGACAAUCGUGAUUACAUGGCCUGCAAAGCGAUUGAACACGGUGCCAUGGCACUAGAGCGGAAAGCAAACUUCCUCACCUCGACAACGGCCAAUGAUUACCAGGAACCGUUGCCUCAACUCUCCAGUUCCAUUCUGCUGCAACUUUUCCCCUUCUGUCUGAUCUUCAGUUCUGACUUAAAGAUAAUUGCCGUUGGCUGUCAAUUAAGGCUAAUGUUUUCUCGUCGGAUGUUGAUCGGACAAAUUCUGCCAGACGUUGCAAGAUUGCGUCGUCCUAGAUUAAACCUCACUUGGGACAACUUAGUCACACUGCAACGCGUCGCAUGCGAACUGGAAAUGAUGCUGGCUAGGAAUUCGGAAGAAUAUCCGCUAUCAAAGGUUUGUAAAACUAUGCCAGACGAACCGAAGAACGAUCAGCCUCGUCGACUUUUGCUUCGCGGAGAGAUGCGUCACAUGAAAGAUUGGCAAGCCAUCAUGUAUCUCUGCAACCCGCUAAUUGACAACAUGGAAGAUAUGUACGAGCUCGGCCUCUCUAUUGGUGAUCUCAGUUUGCAUGGACAUAGUCGUGAAUUGGUCAUGACGGCACAACAACAUAACUCCAGCUUGGAAGAUUUGUACGAACGAGCCGAAGAGAGAGCUAAAGAGUUACAUAACACUCAUGACCUUCUUGACGAGUGGAAGCGAAGAGGGGACGAGCUGCUUUAUUCCAUGAUUCCCGAAUCCAUCGCCAAAAGUUUGCGGAGAGGCAAAGAACCUGUUGACACUUGUGAAGCUUUUGAAUGCAUCACUGCCUCUUUCGUCGAAAUGACAAACAUCGACGACAUCAUGAUCAAAAGUGCGCUAGAGGCUGUCAGUUGUAUGAAUGCCGUUUUCUCUGGCCUAGACAAGGUUAUAGAUCAACACAACGUUUACAAGGUGGAGACUAUUGGGAAAGUAUACAUGGUAGUCGGUGGGGCCCCGACCAAAAACGAUACGCACGUCAAAGACGUCUGUAUGGUGGCUCUUGGAUUCCGUGACUUGCUCAACGAGUUAUCAGCGAAUAGCGGCAUGCCAGUCGAGAUUCGUAUAGGACUUCAUUCGGGCCCUGCAGUAGCAGGACUUCUCGGAAGGAAAAAACCUCGUUACAGUUUCUUUGGUGACACUAUCAACACUGCAGCGCGCAUGCAAACAACUAGUUUGCCUGGUAGAAUUCAGAUUUCCAGUGUAUCCUACAACCUUCUGAAAUUCUUUGUGGAAUUCGAUUGCAAGAUUCGUGGAACCGUAAUUGUCAAGGUGAUCCACCAAUAAUAAGUGGAACUGCUUUAUUCGGGGCAAAGGAGAAAUGGAAACCUAUUGGUUAUUGAGAUACCGUUCCCUUCCGCGAUAGGUUUGUGAGCAUCCAACAGCUCCGCAGUUUGUUAAAAAUGUUACCUCAGAUAUGCUGGAAAUUUUGUUGGGCACAUUUGGCUGGACAGAGUGGUGCCUUCCGGUUCUAGCGCACUACGUGGACAGUGUCACGUACCCAAAUCCAAUCUUUAGUCUUUAAAAUAUGCACUUACCACUAAAAGGUGUAUAAAAUAAGGUAAGUUUUAUGUCAAACUAGUGAUCACACAAUAAUGAUCUCAAGUACUCAUUUAAAGUCAAAUUUACCAGCAAAUUAAAUUGUCUAAUAUGUUAUAACAACAAUAUAUCAUUGGAUAUUAUUAUGUCCAAUACUCCAAUUGUCUUUUUUUAUGUACGCAUCACAUUUGUUUAAAUAUUAGUUUAAUCGUGUUAUUUGCGAAUGAUUUGAUUUAUUUAUGAUUAAUAAGUCGUUAGUAGAUGUCAAUUAACGUAACGUUUGUUUUAUGUGAUGUAAAGAAAUUAUAUGG